CAUAGGUUUGCCUGUCCAUUGUUGUGUUACAACGCGGGCGCUGUGGUGAUAGUUGACUCGUCUCUGCAGCAACACAAAGAUGUCUGCCAUAAAGAUCCGUACGAUUGCGGGGUCCGGGAUUGUGACUGAGGGGCCGCACUGGGACGAGAAAACGGACAGUCUGCUCUACGUGGACAUUCCGGACGGAACCAUCAACCGAUACUUCAACGAGUCCGGCCGUCGGCAGGAGCUUAAGAUUGAAGCCGGAAUUACCGGACAGUCCGUAUCGUUCGUACUUCCUGCCGCUGCGGAUCCGGACGUGCUGAUCAUCGGGCACGGACGCACCCUGGCGGGGGUGAGGUGGCUCCCCGGAGACUCCGACAGUAGCUCCACCCGAGCCGUUGCCAUCACUUCGGUGGAAGACGGGAAACAAACUCGUUUUAACGAUGGAAAAUGCGACCCUCAAGGCCGGAUUUGGGCUGGCACGAUGGGCUUUGAGACAUCGCCGGGAGUGCUUGACAAGCACCAGGCGGCGCUCUACCGCUUCGAUGACAACAUGAGAGCGACAGCCUGUGUUGACAAGAUCAGCUUGUCGAAUGGUCUUGCUUGGUCGAACGACCGCAAGUUCUUUUAUUACAUCGACACCUUGGAGCUGCGCGUCGACGUAUUUGAUUAUGACGACAGCACUGGGCUAAUAAGCAACCGCCGGACAGUCACGGAUUACGCUUCAAUCGGACUGACCGAAGAUUUGCCGGACGGUAUGACCACCGACGUGAAUGGUAACUUGUGGGUAGCCAACUACUUUGGGCGCAAGAUCAUUUGUCUUGAUCCUAUGAGCGGUAAACUGAUCCGACAAGUUGACACGUUAACGAAAAGCCCCACCUCAGUGUGUUGGGGAGGCCGAGAUUACAGUAAUCUCUACUUCACGUCCGGGCGUAUCGGGCUCAACGAAGAGGAGGUGGAACGCAACCCUUCUUCAGGCGGGGUCUUCGAGAUCACCGGCCUUGGCUGCAAGGGGUACCCAGCCGUGUCUGCUAAUGUCAGUCAAGCGUUGCUUGAUCAAAUUAAAGCUGGGACCAUGGCACCCACUAUUAAAGCGGUCACUCCCCCUGCCACCCUCGGAGAGGCGCCCUUCUGGGAAGCGCGUCACAACUGCCUUCUCUACGUCGACAUUUUUGAAUUUGAAAUUCAUAGAUACUUCCCUGAAACCGGCCGACACCAGGUGGCAAAAGUCGAGGAGGGCGACAGUGGAGCAUCGGUGUCGUUCGUGUUGCCCUCUGCCGAUGACCCGGAGGUGCUGUUCAUUGGCCACGGCCGCAACCUGGCCGCGGUCAAAUGGUCCCCCAGCGACCCGGACGAAAGUACCAUCCGCGCCGUCCGCCUCGCGUCCGUCGACCAGGGAAAGACCACGCGCUUCAACGACGGAAAGUGUGACCCGCAAGGGCGCAUUUGGGCAGGAAUGAUGUCAUCCGAUGGCAAUUUUGAAACCAAACAGAGCUCACUCUACCGCUUCAGUGUGGAUUUGGUGCCAACCAGAAUGGUCGGAAAUGUCAUGCUUUCGAAUGGUCUGACGUGGUCUGCAGACCUUAAGACCUUCUACUACAUUGACACCGGAGAGCUCAGGGUCGACGCCUUCGACUACGACGAUCCAUCGGGUGACAUAAGUAAUCGACGCACGAUCCUGGACUACAAGGAGGCAGGGAUCACCCCGGACCGGCCCGACGGCAUGGAGCUCGAUACGGACGGAAACCUUUGGGUAGCUCAUUUCGGGGGAUCGAAGAUCAGGUGCAUAGACCCGAUAAAGAAGGCGGUGGUGCAGACUCUAGAGCUGCCUGCCGUGAACGUGACGUCGGUGUGCUGGGGCGGCCCCGCGUACGACGUCUUCUACGUGACCACUGCGCGCUUCCGCACCACCGACGAGGAGCUCAAGCUCAUGCCCAACGCCGGGGCGGUCUUCGAGGUGACCGGGCUCGGCUGCCGGGGCACCGCGGCCCGCACCGCCCGAGUCGAUGCAGCCGUGCUGGAAAAAGUUACGAGUCAAGUUUAGGCGGCGGGGACUUUUGAUUGAGAAUUUUUUUCUUAAAAGUUCUGAGUUUCAUUCAUUCAUGCUAAAAGAGAGGAGCAAAGUUAGAGCGAUAUUUUCUGGUAGCUAAGAAGGAUUUAACUUUGUGUGAUAUUUUCUUCUAGGAAGUUAGGAGCCAACCUUGAAUUCAUCCUUGAUGCCAAAAACGAGGAGCGAAUUUUUAAUUUUAUUUUCUGGCAGUUAACGAUUAAACUGCGAGUUUUCAUUUUCCAGCUAAAUUAAAAGUACAAGUGUUAAUUUUCGCUGUCAGUCAUGUGGAAAGCCAAUUUCGAAUUAUCAGCUUCCCAAUAAUCAAUGAAAAUAACUGUUUGAAUAUUCCUACUGGAAACGAAUUUCUCACAUGUAUAUAGAAACUUAUUACCGUAUGCAAACAUACCAUAAGCAAGAAUUAGCAACCUAGUAAUAUAAUUAUUUGUAUUCCGCGCCGAUUUUCUUACAAUUGCGCAUGUUCAUAUCUGAAAAAAUUUAAUUAUUAUGAAAUUACGAUUGAAAAUGUAUUGAAAUAUAACCCCAUCUAUAAUUAUUCUCAAAUAAAAGGUUAUGUCUGACACAUCAUCUUGUUUGUGGGAAAUUAUUUUGUGUGCGAACAUUAAAAGUAUUUUCAAA